AUGUUUGGGAUCCAAGAUACGUUAGGAAGAGGGCCGAUCCUGAAGGACAAGGUGCUGGGGUCGGAGAUGGAUCCGGUCCGCUCCUGGGUCAGGAACGUUGGCGUGGUGGAUGCCAACGUCGCCGCUCAAAGCGGCGUGGCUUUGUCUCGAGCCCACUUCGAAAAACAGCCUCCUUCCAACUUGAGGAAAUCCAACUUUUUCCACUUCGUCUUGGCUCUCUACGACCGGCAGGGUCAGCCCGUGGAAAUCGAGCGGACGGCGUUCGUGGACUUCGUGGAAAACGACAAAGAGCAAGGCAAUGAAAAAACAAAUAAUGGGACUCACUACAAAUUGCAGCUUCUGUACAGCAAUGGUGUCAGGACUGAACAAGAUCUAUUUGUCAGACUCAUUGAUUCAGUCACAAAACAGCCUAUCGCCUAUGAAGGACAAAACAAGAACCCAGAAAUGUGCAGAGUUCUACUCACCCAUGAAGUUAUGUGCAGCCGUUGCUGUGAAAAGAAGAGCUGCGGAAACCGUAACGAGACUCCCUCAGAUCCCGUGAUCAUUGAUAGAUUCUUCUUAAAAUUCUUCCUCAAGUGCAACCAGAACUGUUUGAAGACCGCCGGAAACCCCCGAGAUAUGCGACGAUUCCAGGUUGUGUUAUCAACAACAGUGAAUGUUGAUGGGCAUGUCCUGGCAGUAUCAGACAAUAUGUUUGUUCACAACAACUCAAAACAUGGGCGAAGAGCAAGGAGACUUGAUCCUUCAGAAGCCACUCCGUGCAUCAAAGCUAUUAGUCCAAGUGAAGGCUGGACCACUGGUGGAGCCAUGGUGAUCAUUAUAGGGGACAACUUUUUUGAUGGGCUUCAAGUCGUAUUUGGGACCAUGCUUGUGUGGAGUGAGCUAAUCACCCCACAUGCCAUCCGUGUCCAAACACCUCCUCGUCACAUCCCUGGUGUGGUUGAAGUAACAUUAUCGUACAAAUCCAAACAAUUUUGCAAAGGAGCUCCUGGUAGAUUUAUUUAUACAGCUUUAAAUGAGCCAACCAUAGAUUAUGGUUUCCAAAGACUCCAGAAGGUCAUCCCAAGACAUCCAGGUGAUCCAGAACGACUAGCAAAGGAGAUGCUGUUGAAGCGAGCAGCCGACCUGGUUGAAGCACUGUAUGGGACACCACAUAACAAUCAGGACAUUAUUCUGAAGCGAGCUGCUGAUAUUGCGGAAGCUCUCUACAGCGUCCCAAGAAACCCAGGUCAGAUCCCUGCUUUGUCCAGCUCUCCUGCUCACAGUGCCAUGAUGGGCAUCAACUCCUAUGGCAGCCAGCUGGGAGUUAGCAUCUCUGAGUCCACACAAGGGAACAAUCAAGGCUACAUCCGCAACACAAGCAGCAUAUCCCCACGAGGUUAUUCCUCCAGCACGACCCCUCAGCAGUCUAAUUACAGCACCCCCAGUAACAGCAUGAACGGCUACAGCAACGUCCCCAUGUCCAACCUGGCUGUUCCCAGUUCACCUGGAUUUAUUAAUGGUUCUCCCACAGGAUCGCCCUAUGGCUUGAUGUCUUCAAGUCCCACAGUUGGUUCUUCAAGCAGUUCCUCCAUCCUUCCAUUCUCCUCCUCUGUCUUUCCUGCUGUCAAACAAAAGAGUGCCUUUGCUCCUGUCAUCCGACCCCAGGGGUCCCCUUCCCCAGCGUGCUCCACUGGCAAUGGAAAUGGGUUUAGAGAAAGAGAAAUGGAUGCUUCUAUUGGCUUCACUUUCACCGUUACUGAUUUGAGCCUCUCACAUCCUCCACUGCUACAGAGAGUCCUCGACUUAUGA